AAUUUACACAGCUCCCAACCAGCAACUGUAGAUUUGUCAAUUGCUGUUGACUGCUAUUCAUCCAUUGUUCAGCUGGUGACCUGGGUGACGACAUACCACAAGGAACUACCAGACACCGGCGUGCCUGACCCCUUCCGACCUGACACGAUGGGGUUGAACACGAGCAGCUUGGCGGAUCUCGAGGGCAACGAAUAUCUCAACAGAUUCGUCGGCAAAGAACACAUCUCGCCAAACGACCCCAUUUGGAACAAGCUGUUCUCACACUCGCUUAAACCCGUGUUUACAAAGGAUGACAGCUUCCUCCUCGAUAACACGCUGGACUCUCUGCGCCACAAGUUGCUGGAGAAUGUCGGCUCCACAAAGAAUUUCGCAUCCUUGGUCAAAGUCUUCAUAGCGAGGGCGUCGGAACUCAAGUCAUCUGUUCAAACGGGAGACACCAUGUUCAUCUGGCAGGCGUACAAUGCGCUCUUCAUGGUUCGAAACGUGGUCAAGUACUUUGUCGAGGUGUUGAAUGAAGAGGACUUUGCGAAACAGUUUCAGCCCUUUGACUUCUUGACGAACGCGAAUGGAAAUGGUGUCUCCUCUUCGAAGGAAGACGCUGGUGCCCUUCUCGCAUCAGAGAGUGACCUCUUAGAACUAGUGAUGGACACGCUGGUUAAAAUGAUAGUCGACUUACCAUUACAGAGCAAUACGUACGUAGUACAUUUAGAAGCAAUUAAUACGCUGAUUACGAUCCUUUCCGUGCAAAUGUUUUGGGGAAAGCCGGCGCACAAGUUGCUCCCGUACAAAGUUUUGAUGUUGGGAGCCGCCUCUACCUAUGCUCCCCAGCUUACACGAGCACUUCUCCUAAAUUAUGUCGAACAAAGGGAACCCCCAUACUCGAUUUGGCACAAUGAUGAAUCUGGCAGCAUUGUUAUUGGCGUUGCGAGUGGGAUAUGGAAUAUGCUGCGCAAAGGCGUCGGCCUUGGCAAAACGGACGAUGCUUUGGAAGGACUGAAACAACACAAGCUAGCCAAUCAAAGCCUCUACUUGCUCCUAAUUUUGGUAAACCACUGCAGUGGGGGAGACUUACCAAACUCCUACCGCGAAGCACUCUUCACAUCGGGCAACGAAGCUGUAGAGGAAGACUCCCACAGCAUAGAGGCUCCCCUAUUCAAGAUCAACUAUUGCAAAUUAUACGAGACAAUUUGCCAAAAAAUGGACUGCGAUGAGACAACACUGCUCCUUUAUUUUCUCAUUCAUCGCAACAAUGCCUUCAAGUCGUAUGUCAUGGCACGAUCCGACAUUGAGGUUCUGGUUCUUCCAAUUUUAAAGACUUUGUACAUCGAAAUACAAAAUGGCACAUCGUACCACAUUUACAUGAGCCUUAUCGUCAUGCUCAUUUUGAGCGAGGAUCAACUUUUUAAUCAGCAAGUGCAUGAUGUCAUGCUCAAAACGGUGCUGUGGUACACUGAACGCAAAGUGAACGACAUUACGCUGGGCGGUUUAAUCAUUCUGGUCAUCAUUCGAACAAUUCAGUACAAUAUUUUGAAAAUGCGAGACAAAUAUCUUCACACCAAUUGUUUAGCUGCUUUGGCCAAUAUGUCCUCAAAAUUCCGUUCUCUGCAUCCCUAUGUAUCUCAAAGGCUGAUCAGCGUGUUCGAAACUUUGGCCAAACGUCACAUCAAAUUAAUCGACGGUUUAGAAAAGCACAACAAGGAGACUCCCAACAGGGAAGAAUCUGAAGAGACGAGUAACAUGGUUCAAGACAUUAACGUUUUAGAAGAAGUUAUUCGAAUGUUGUUGGAAAUUUUAAACUCUGUCUUCACCCAUCAACUCCCCCAGAAUCGACAUUUAGUCUACACGUUGCUCUACAAGAAGGAUAUUUUCGACGCGUUCCGGGAAUAUGAUGCGACGCAAGAUUUGGUAUACAAUUUGGACAUUGUCAUCCAAUAUUUUACGAAACGAAUUGGGCCCGAAAGUUCAGAACUUGCCGUGUCCGAAGUCAUGGAACGGGUCGAAGCCGGAGUUCGACACUGGUCUCCAGACAUCCUUCGAAAAUUUCCCGACCUGAAAUUUCGCUACGUUGAGGAAGAUCAACCCGAAAACUUUUUUAUCCCGUACAUCUGGUCGCUCAUCCACCGGAAUUCUGGCCUCUAUUGGUCCCCCCUGAACCUGACUCUGUUCAGUCUCGACGGAGAAUGAUCACAGAUUUUAACAGAUUUCCUAUGAAGAUUUUUAUUGAAACGUCCAGCGCAGCCAUCCAUUUUUAUCUUAUUUUCCAGCUUGAAUCUUAUCUUCUGCUCAACCAUCCACUCCAUUACCAAAUUGUUGCUGUUAUAUUUAUAACUAUUUAUGAAUUGUAAAUUAUCAUGAUGCUAGUUGUUUAUUUCUCGUCACAGUCAGUAUUUUCAAUUAUUUAUUAUCGCAACCUGAACAAAGUAUGCAGCACGCAAAAUGUAUGUAUCGUAAUGAAAAAAAAGUUAUGAAUAACAACCACACCUGAGAUUAUUAUAUAUA